AUGGGUAUUGUGCGAUCUAUGGCCCUUUAUGGGGCCCCAAUUUGGGCAGACUCUUUGUCAAAUCGAGAUAUUAUUCUCUUGAGGAAGCCGCAGAGAACUUUAGCUAUCAGAAUUACUCGUUCAUACCGGACAGUUUCUUUUGAUGCAGCGUAUCUUCUUGCUGGAUCAUUGCCAUGGGAUCUAGAUGCAAGAGCUUUAUCGUCAUUAUUUCAUUGGGAAGAAGAGGUGAUUAAGAAUAGAGGCUUUCGUCUGGCUCUAAUUGAGAUGAACAGGGAAAAGGAUAAUUUGCGGAGAGAAGCUUUAGAAAUUUGGUCUGAGAGGUUGACGAAUGUUGAUUUUGGAUUAAGAACGGUUUCUGCGAUUAUGCCGGUUUUUGAUGCUUGGUUGACAAGGUGCCAUGGCUUUUUAUCUUUUCGUUUGGUGCAGGUGAUGACUGGGCAUGGUUCCUUUGGUAGGUACUUGUGUCGUAUUGGUAAAAGGCCUAAUGCGGCAUGCUACCAUUGCAGUAGUAAUGACGAUUCUUCGGAGCAUACAUUGGAAGCUUGUCCUGCUUGGUCUGUUGAACGCAAUGCUCUUUGUGCAGUUGUUGGCGGAGACCUCUCCUUACCGGCUGUUGUUCAUGCAAUGACUCAAAGUGAAAGACAAUGGAAGGCGAUGCUCGCUUUCUGUGAUACUGAGAUGUUGCAGAAAGAGAGAUUUAAACGUAUCGCUGCUAAUUGUAGUCGUCUAUUUGAUGGGGUCCAGUGCAGACCAGCUGCUGAAGCGGGCACCAACAUCACUCUGAGUUGUCCCAGCUAUGUCUUAUCCUUUGAUCCAACCAGAACCACUCAAAUCGCUUGCACGGACAGCGGAAUCUGGGCAGACGGCGGUGAAUCACCAGAUUACAGGAAGUGCUAUGACGACAAUUCUUCAAAAUUGACAAACUUGACGACGGCGGGAUGGAUAAAUAUUGCCGGUCACGGUGUUUACACUAUCUUUACGCUGAUCACCUUGUUGACUAUCUUUUGCAAUUGACACAACAUGAGUCGCGGUCAAAAAUGGGUGCUCGUCAACCAGAAGAUAGCAGUUCUCUGCGGAAACGUUUCUUCCAUUGUUUGGUCUUUCAUGACCCUUGACAGCGAUGAUGUGCUGUUGCAGAACUUAGUUAGUGUUAUAUAA